AUGCAAGUCUCUGUUAGAGAAUGGAAAACGGAAACUCCUCAAUUCUUUACUUUCUCUAGUUCGAUCCCCUUCUAUCGAGUGAACUUUAAUUCUUGCAAUCUCUUCCACGAAACUGUCAGUUUCACCUACCAUCGUCGCAAUGUUCUCAUUGAUCUACCAACUGAGAUCAAAACUUAUUUAUCUGAUCUAUUUUGGAAGACUCCAGAUGUUGAUUUCAUUUUUUGUUUAGAUGAUGCCGUUAAAUACAACUGGAUUCGUUCCAUCGAGAUACUGCAGUACCGUGAUGAAUAUGCAAAAUCAAAGGAUUUGGAGUGUCUAAUAGAAAACAAUCCGAAUCUUCGUUUAGUGUUUGCUCUUUGUGAAAUAGUAGAUUAUGUGGAGAUAAAUUCAAAUAUUCUCCAAAUUCAAAACUUAAUUUCAAUGAAGGCGGCAGCUUUCACAAUGAGUCAUGUCUAUCAGUUCAAAGGGAAAAACGCAGUAUUUGCAAAUAUUAGAUUCGACCAGUCGGAUAUCAUCACACUCAUUGAUAAAUGGAUGAAUCGAGAGAUACCAGCACUGAAAGUUCAUGGAUCAGGAUAUGUCUUUGAACCUGAGUCACUGGAUAAGUAUCAAGGGAAACAGUGGAGUGAAUCAGGAUUGCCAAACAAAUAUCCAUUUGAUCCAAAAAUCCAAAGAUACUUAGAUUUCGAAGAUGAUAUGUAUCAUGAGAGAUCGAUUGUCAUCACGAGAGACGACGGGAAAUUGGCUUCUGUUUUCACUGAUGACACUUCGUUUUUCUUUUGGAUUUGGCAUUAA